AGAAUAAGUAUUAAAAAUCAAAAUUAGAUAAAGUAGUGAUUUUUUUAGCAACACCAAGUUAAAAAAAAAGAAGUUAAUUAUUUAUAAAUACAUGAACUAUACUCAAUUUUUGAUUUUUAUUCAAAUCUAUUUUUUUGUUCAAACAGUACAUAAAUUUUUAUUUUUUUAGAACUUGACAGUCCAAAAUUUGCUGACUAAUAUCUUAAUUGUUUUGGGUUCGAUGGGCAAUCCGAAGAUUUCAUUAGAUUUCAAUUGACCUUAUCUUUCUAAUAACACUUAUAUUAUUGGGUUUUGGUCACCAAAAAUUGUCAAAAAAAAGAAAAAUAUAGAGUUUCAUGACAUUAAUUUUUCAUGAAUUUUUUCGCCCAAUUUCGAUGACCAAAAUCCAACAUUAUGGAUAUCAUUAGACAGCUAUCAUCGAGAUGUUUUCAACAGUACCUUCGAAUUGCCCAUCAGAAUCGAGACAAUCAAGUUAUUGGCCAAUCACCUUUUUUAACUCAAUCCAAAUUUCAAAAAAUUAAUUCUAAAAAAUAAGAUGUAAAAGUAAAAGAAAACAAAAAAAGCAAAAAGGCAUGUCCUCUCUCUCUCUCUCAAUAUAUAUAUAUAUAUGUAUAUAUAAUUUUGUUAUACUAGUAUUAUAUAGAUUUGAAAUAAAGGUGUUUUCCUUUUUUACUUAGGAAAAGAAGCAGAAGAAAGAAAAGAGAGGGUUAUUCCUGAUAGGAUCACUAAUUCUUCUUUAAUUAGUGAGAGGCAGGCUGUGUUGUGUACGUACCCCAAAGAUAUCUUCAACCACUGCUUCGCCGCAUGAUUCGCUGUCCACGCGCAUUCUACCUUCACACGACCUCUUCUCCCUCUCUCUCUCUCUCCUUCUCUCUCUGCAUAUACUCACCAUUCCAUAUCGCUUCUGCAUUUUUCAGAUUCAAACACCGAUGUGCCUACGAGAUACUAAGCAGUAACUGUGAAUAUCUAUCUGUGUUGGUUGCUGUUGCAUAACGUUCACCGAUUCAAAUUACCAGAUUUGAAGGAGGAGAGAGAAACCGGAUCUCCAGGCGGUUAUCUGGUUCCAGAUCUCGUCGUCUCCCGAUUGAGAUCUACAAUCUCACGGAUACAAAUUUGAAAUUCCUCCUUUCGCGAGAGUGGUGGCGCAUCGAUCAACCAUGGCCGCCGCUUACGCUGCCGACGGUAAGAAGUACAUCACCUCCGAUGAGCUCAGAAAGCACAACAAACCCGGGGAUCUGUGGCUCUCGAUCCAAGGAAAAGUCUACAACGUGACGGAUUGGGCGAAGCAGCACCCCGGCGGCGAGGUGCCGCUCCUCAAUUUGGGUGGCCAGGACGUCACCGACGCGUUCAUCGCCUUCCACCCUGGCUCCGCCUGGAAGCACCUCGACAACUUCUUCACCGGCUACCACCUCCGCGACUUCCACGUCUCCGACAUGUCUCGCGACUACCGCAACCUCGCGACGCAGUUCGCCAGAUCCGGCCUGUUCGAGAAGAAAGGCCACGGCGUGAUCUACAGCCUCUGCUUCGUCUCGGUGCUCCUCGCCGCCUGCUUCUACGGCGUCCUCCGCUGCGACGGCUUCCUCACCCACAUUCUCUCCGGCGGCCUCCUCGGAUUAAUCUGGAUGCAGGUCGCCUACCUAGGGCACGACUCCGGCCACUACAACAUCAUGAUUAGCCCUAGAUUCAACAAACUGGCGCAGAUCCUCACCGGAAACUGCCUCACCGGCAUCAGCAUUGCGUGGUGGAAGUGGACGCACAACGCGCACCACAUCGCCUGCAACAGCCUCGACUACGACCCCGACCUCCAGCACCUCCCCAUGCUCGCCGUCUCCUCCCGCUUCUUCACCAACCUCACCUCCCAAUUCUACGGCCGGAAACUCGAAUUCGAUCCAAUCGCCAGAUUCUUCAUCAGCUACCAGCACCUCACCUACUACCCCGUGAUGUGCGUCGCCAGAGUGAAUCUCUACCUCCAAACCUUCCUCCUCCUCCUCUCCAAGCGCAGAGUCCCCGACAGAGCUCUCAACAUCCUAGGAAUCAUGGUGUUCUGGACAUGGUUCCCUCUCCUCGUCUCCUGCCUCCCCAACUGGACCGAGCGCGUCCUCUUCGUCCUCGCCAGCUUCUGCGUCUGCUCCAUCCAGCACAUCCAGUUCACGCUCAACCACUUCGCCGCCGACGUCUACGUCGGCCCGCCCAAGGGGAACAACUGGUUCGAGAAGCAGACCGCCGGCACCAUCGACAUCGACUGCCCAUCAUACAUGGAUUGGUUCUUCGGCGGCCUCCAAUUCCAGCUCGAGCACCAUCUCUUCCCCAGGCUGCCGAGGUGCCAUUUGAGGAAAGUUUCCCCAAUCAUUAGGGAUUUGUGUAAGAAGCACAAAUUGCCCUACCGGAGCUUGACCUUCGUGGAGGCCAACAAGUGGACGCUGCGGACGCUCCGCGCCGCCGCCGUCGAGGCCCGCGACUUCUCCAUGGUGCCCAGGAACUUGCUGUGGGAAGCUGUCAACACCCAUGGAUGAGGAGAAGGAUAAUAACCAUUACCAACACUCACUCUCACACACUGCCUCAUCCCUUUGCCUUUUGCUUUUUCUAUUUUUUUUUUCCCGUUUUGAAAUUAUUUUUUGUAAGAAGCUGAUCAACUCUUUUGGAACAGCUUGUGAUAACCCAUGUGUUUGAAGUUGUUCCUUAGCAUAGAUCUCUAUACGUUAUCUAUUUCUUUUUCUUACAAAGCUCCACACUUGUUUGGAGCAGACUAUUCAUAUUUUAGUAAACGAGUUUCGUUGGUUU